AUGACCUCUGCCUCAAGUACCCCUGUUCACCACCCCUCCGCCGAUCAUUCUCAGCCAGCAGACUCGCAUGCUUCGGGAAAUGCACGUCCAGCGACCACCACAGCGGCAGCGAGAAACAGCGCCGAUGAUAACGACCACGAUGCUACAAGCCAGAAGGAAAACAUCAGUCCGCUUGGAGGCGAUGCAGCGACGAAAGCCGAUGCAGAUCGGGAUACCGGACACAAGCAAGGGGGUGCGGAGGAUGUAGACGACUUCGGCCUCCCUAUCCGCGCACGCCCCAAACCGCCACGGUCCACGGGCGAGGCUUCAGAGGAUCAGGAAUUGUUCCAUGAUGUCGAGGAGACGGUGUCGAGCAACGCGGCCGCCAGUAAGGGAAGUGAGCGGGAGAGUGAUAACGCCCUAGAGUCCGCCCCAAAAACAUCGAAAGAAGAUCAAUCCACCACGGAAGAUCUUUCCGAACAAGGCGCACAGUCAUCGACCCCUAUGACCACGGAGAGCGACACCGCACAAGAUAAGAAGGCAAUGGGAUCCAUGGAUGCUGAAAAACCUGCACCUCCCAGCGACGUGCCUCCCGCUGGAGAGAACGGGUCACCACCGCCUUACACAGAGAAAGCGCAGUCGGAGACGUCUGGCGCUUCCGUUCAACAUCACCCUAAACAUAAAAAGCGUGCAAGUCUCAAACCUUCAGAAUGGUCGCAUCAACGACUCAACGCGCCCCAGGAAUCGGAAGAUGAAGCGGAGGAGGAGAGCGAGGACGAGUGGAGGGAGAUGCCUGCGCUGGACGAAUUUGAUGUCUACGAUGACUACGGUCGAUUGAUUGCGCGCGGCGCAAAGACAGAAGAUAAUGAGGCUGUCUACAAUGGGCUGGGGGGCGCCGGAAGGGGAUAUACCCGUGUUCAGCUUGAUGAUGACGCCGAGUCUGUGAACAGCCUUGACGAGGACACGAGCUACCUUUUCAAGGAAUCUGCCGCUAAUGCUGCGGGUAUCGAAGACGAAGAGCUCCGCGAUGCGACAAGCCAACUCCAAGCGACUAAAGACCUUUUGACCGAAAGCCAAAGGAUAGCUUACGUUGGAGUCGCGAGGUUGUCUAUAUAUCAAAUGACCCGGGACAUAGAAAGAGCUCCCCAGACUCGGGGCACUCGCAAGGCACGACAAAAAUGCAUUGACUCGACCCGAAAAUGGGGUCAAGGGAUGAUGGCUAGAAUCUACUCGCAUAUGGAAAUUGACGCCGCAGAGCAAGUGAUGAUUGAACAAUUGGCUGAGCACGGUGUUGAGCCAUCCGAUCUCGUUCGACCGCUCAUGCAGAACGCUCGAGUCCAGAACCCCUUGGCAAACGAAGAGGAAGAUGCACCAAAGGAGUCCAUCUCCACCACAGCAUCUCCCAGUUCAAAAGAUGCUGGUCGAGGCAGCCUGUCCACAGAUCUUGACAGAUCCUCCAUGUCCAGCGCGCCUCCACCCUACGACAUGCACGAGGGAGAGGACCUUCCAGAAGUCAAGACUCCAUCUCAAAUGCCCACGUCGGCCAAAAUUGACAUUGACCUCCGCUGGACCGUACUUUGUGAUCUUUUCCUUGUCCUCAUUGCCGAUUCAUCAUAUGACUCACGAUCCCGAACCCUGUUAGAAAGAGUUGGGAAAUCUAUGGAAGUGCCGUGGCUUCAGAUAGCUCGUUUUGAAAAGCGAGUCAUCGACGCUCUUGAGAUGCAGGAAGCCGCAGAAAAAGAAACCUGGGACGAAUCGGACAACAUGGAAAAGCGGCGCAAGUUGGCACUUAAGCGGAAAUAUAUGAUCAUGGGCAUAGCUACAGUGGGUGGAGGUCUGGUUAUUGGCCUCUCAGCUGGACUCCUGGCCCCCGUCAUCGGUGCCGGUCUCGCUGCUGGGCUGACUACUGUGGGAAUAUCGGGUACUGGUGCCUUUUUAGGAGGAGCUGGUGGGACGGCGCUCAUCGCUUCAGGUGCCACGCUUACUGGUAGUACGAUUGGAUUGAAGGCAUCCCACAGACGUAUGGGCGCCGUCCAGACCUUUGAGUACCGUCCUUUACACAACAACAAGCGGGUCAAUUUGAUCGUUACGGUAUCUGGUUGGAUGACUGGUAAAGUCGACGAUGUACGACUGCCGUUCAGUACAGUUGAUCCCAUUAUGGGAGACCUGUACUCAGUUCUGUGGGAGCCAGAGAUGCUGCGAAGUAUGGGUGACACCAUUAAGAUCUUGGGUACAGAGGCUUUGACUCAAGGGUUGCAACAAAUUCUGGGAAGUACUGUCCUCGUAGCCCUUAUGGCGUCUCUGCAGUUACCACUGGUACUUUCCAAGCUUUCAUACCUGAUCGACAACCCUUGGAAUGUCUCCUUGACACGCGCGAAUGCCGCGGGACUGAUUCUCGCGGAUUCCCUCAUGGCUCAUAACCUCGGGAAACGUCCUGUGACACUGCUUGGAUUCUCCCUUGGUGCAAGGGUCAUUUUCUCUUGCCUGAAAGAGCUCGCCGAUAAGGGCGCACAUGGCCUCAUCCAGAAUGUCUACCUCUUUGGAUCCCCGAUAGUUGCUAACAAGGACGAGUACCUGAAAGCUCGCAGUGUCGUUUCUGGACGCUUUGUCAACGGAUAUAGUUCAAACGAUUGGAUUCUGGGGUACCUGUUCCGCGCCACAAGUGGUGGUAUCAUGCGUGUCGCUGGUCUCGCUAAGGUCGAGGGAGUCCCCGGAAUCGAGAAUUUCGAUGUCACGAAGCUUGUCAACGGUCAUAUGGACUAUCGUGCAGCAAUGCCUCGGCUUCUGAAAGAAGUUGGGUGGGAAGUGCUGAGCGAGGAGUUUGCAGAAAUCGAAGACCCUGACCCCGAUAAUCAUGGCGAGCGACAGCGAGAGCUCAUCCGUGAAAUUGAAGAGGCCCGCAGGGAAGCCGAAGCUAAGCCGGAUAAAAAGCGAUUUGGUUUGUUCAAACGCGGGAAAUUGGCGCAAAAGAAGGGUUGGGAGACUUACGACGUUGAUCGCAAUUCCCCAAUUCCUCGCAGCCCAAGCGAAAAUGAUGGGGCUGGAUCGGUGUUGUUCGACAUCGAUGCGAUUAAGGCCGAACUAGCCUCUGAGAGUAUUGAAGUGAAGCAGCUGGAGUCGACUCUGCCGCCCAUGAAGUUGGACUUGAACCCUUCUCCAAGCCCAACGUCGAGCGCAUCAUCACCGGCCGUUGACAAGCACGCUCCAAAAGCAGAUGCUUCUACUUCCCGACCAUCGGCUGAAUCGACUCCCGGUCACAAGUCGCAGGACAUACCCUCUUCCGUGCCUCCAGAGGAGCAGAUUGAACUCAGCUUUGACACAACCUAUCAUGAACCACCUCAACGUACGCAGUCCUCUUUCGAGCCAUCAACAGCUGCUGAGCUUGAUCCCCAUGGUUCGAGACCACCGCUUCGAUCUUCAAUGACGAUGCCGGUUGGCGUCGGCGCAAGCGCGCUCGGCGCUAUGGCCCUUGAACCAAACGCUUGGGCUGACCAUGACUUCGGAAAUGGAGAUGAAGGGGAGAUACAAAUGAGUUUUGAGUAA